AUGUUGAGAGAGUCUAAACUUUCAUUAACAUCAGCAACAUGUGACGAUUUUUAUCAUCAAAAACUUUCAGUCACUUCAAACUUUCCUAAAACUUUUCAGUUUACCGACUCAAUUUUCACAUUGAAGACACAAAUGUUGAUACUUCAACGUCUUCUUCGUAGCAAACAAAGUUUUGUUAUAAACAGAAAGCUAGAUGAUGAUACAUUGAUUGAAUGGAGGAAAUCAGGCUAG